AUGGGACUCAAUACCAAGAUGCCGACGGGUACCAAGAAAUACCAGUAUCCUGUCCCCCACGACAGCAACAACUGCUCUUCAACUGAUGACGCAGAACUUACAAUCGAAGGGACCAUGAGCGGCAAGAAACGAGGACGAGAGCACCUCCCCCCUAAUUCGGACGUUGAACAGAAGAAACAGAAGAUGGAAGCAAAUGAAGAGGAGGGCAAAGAUGGAGAAGAAGCUAGUGAUAAGAACGGAUGCCGAGUCUCUUGUACCCCUGAUCCGGUCUAUGCUUCGGACGAGGAAAAGAUGAAGCAGAAGUUGAAAGACCAAGAGAAUUCAACAACCGUGAAUACCGAACACGAAGAAAAAGCCGAAGGGAAGAAGUGCAAAUGUCAUGAGAUAGGAGAAUAUUUGAGAUCUAUUGAGAAGAGGGUGGAGAGCGUGGAAGCAGAGAUGGAGAAGCUCUGGGCAGACUUCGAAACUCUCAAGAGAGAAACGGAGAUGCGCCUUGAUUGGUUGAAUGGAGCGCUUACGGUGCUCUCAGCAGCCGUAGGUUGCUUGAUGCGCCGAUUCCUGUGA